CGUUCCCUCAGUCAACAUGGCGGCGGCGGCGGCUUCAGCGCCGGGCGGCGGCGGCGGCGGGUCACGUGAGCGGCCCAGCUGGGCCGGCCGCGCGCGCUCCCGCCGCCGCCGGCUCUGGGCGGCUCGGAGGCGUGCGGCGGCGGCCCGGCGCGGCGGGAUGCGGCGGCGGCCGUGGCGGGGCCGCGGGCCGGGAGGGCGGGCGCGGGGAUGAGCGUGGGCGGCCGCCGCCAUGUCCAAGGUAACGGCGCCCGGCCCCGGGCCGGCGGCGGGCGGGAAGGAGAAGCGCUCCUUCAGCAAGCGGCUGUUCCGGAGCGGCCGCGCGGGCGGCGCGGCGGCCGGAGCGCCCGGGCCGGCCGCGCCCUCGCCGUCGUCGGCGCGCUCGGUGGGCAGCUUCAUGAGCCGCGUCCUCAGGACGCUGUCCACGCUCUCGCACCUGAGCUCCGAGGGCGGCGGCCCGGACCGCGGCGCCCUCCGCGGCUGCUUCCCGCCCGGGCCGCCCGCGCCGCCGCCCUGCCCGCCGCCCGCGCCGCCCGCGCCGCCCGCCUGCGAGCCGGUGCCCGGCGUGGCGGGGCUCCGCAACCACGGCAACACGUGCUUCAUGAACGCCACGCUGCAGUGCCUCAGCAACACCGAGCUCUUCGCCGAGUACCUGGCGCUCGGCCAGUACCGCGCCGGCCGGCCCGCGCCCGCGCCCGCGCCCGAGCCCGCCGGCGCCGCGGGGGAGGUCACGGAGCAGCUGGCGCACCUGGUGCGCGCGCUCUGGACGCUGGAGUACACCCCGCAGCACAGCCGCGACUUCAAGAGUAUUGUGUCAAAGAAUGCCCUGCAGUACCGGGGGAAUUCCCAGCACGAUGCCCAGGAGUUUCUGCUGUGGCUUUUGGACCGAGUUCACGAAGACCUCAAUCAUGCGCUGAAGCAGAGCGGCCAGCCUCCUGUGAAGCCACCAUCAGAGUCUGAUAUGAUGCCUGAGGGACCAUCUUUUCCUGUCUGUAGCACUUUUGUACAAGAACUUUUUCAAGCCCAAUACAGAUCCUCCCUGACAUGUCCUCAUUGUCAGAAGCAGAGCAACACUUUUGACCCCUUCCUCUGCAUUUCUUUGCCAAUCCCUCUACCCUACACAAGGCCUCUCUAUGUCACCGUAGUGUAUCAAGGGAAGUGUUCACACUGCAUGCGGAUUGGCGUGGCCGUGCCUCUGUCUGGGACUGUCGCCAGACUCCGGGAAGCAGUGUCUCUGGAAACAAAGAUCCCCACUGACCAGAUUGUGUUAACAGAAAUGUACUAUGACGGGUUCCACCGUUCCUUUUGUGACACAGAUGACCUGGAAACAGUCCACGAAAGCGACUCCAUUUUUGCCUUUGAGACUCCAGAAAUAUUCAGGCCUGAAGGAAUUCUCAGUCAGAGAGGAAUUCACUUAAACAACAAUCUGAACCACUUAACAAUUGGCUUGGCCCAUCAUAGACUGUCUUCUGCACACGCAGCGGCAAAGCAGGGGAAGGUGGAGCUGCCCGUGACGAGAGCAGAGAGCGACAAGAUCGUCCUGCUGGUGUGCAACCGCGCCUGCACCGGGCAGCAGGGAAAGAGGUUUGGACAGCCUUUUGUGCUGCACUUGGAGAAGACAGUAGCCUGGGACCUGCUGCAGAAGGAGAUCUUGGAGAAGAUGAAGUACUUCCUGAGGCCCGCGGUGUGCAUUCAGGUGUGUCCGUUCACCUUGCGUGUGGUCAGCGUGGUGGGAAUAACGUACUUGCUGCCCCAGGAGGAGCAGCCGCUGUGCCACCCCACGGUGGAAAGGGCGUUAAAAUCGUGUGGACCGGGUGGCACUGCUCAUGUGAAGUUAGUAGUAGAAUGGGACAAGGAGACAAAAGAUUUCUUGUUUGUAAAUACUGAAGAUGAGUAUAUCCCUGAUGCAGAGAGUGUUCGUCUGCAACGGGAGCGCCAUCAUCAGCCUCAAACUUGCACUUUAUCCCAGUGUUUCCAACUCUACACCAAAGAGGAACGGCUGGCCCCCGACGACGCCUGGCGCUGCCCGCACUGCAAGCAGCUGCAGCAGGGGAGCAUCACGCUGAGCCUGUGGACCCUGCCGGACGUGCUCAUCGUCCACCUGAAGAGGUUCCGGCAGGAAGGAGACAGGCGUGUGAAACUUCAGAACAUGGUCAAGUUCCCCUUGACUGGCCUGGACAUGACGCCUCAUGUGGUUAAGAGAAGCCAGAGCAGCUGGAGUUUGCCAUCCCAUUGGUCUCCAUGGCGACGACCUUAUGGACUCGGAAGGGACCCUGAGGACUACGUCUAUGACCUGUAUGCUGUGUGCAAUCAUCAUGGCACCAUGCAAGGGGGGCACUACACAGCCUACUGCAAGAACUCCGUGGACGGGCUGUGGUACUGCUUCGACGACAGCGACGUGCAGCAGCUGUCGGAAGAUGAGGUCUGCACACAGAUGGCCUACAUCCUCUUCUACCAGAGGCGGACGGCGAUCCCGUCGUGGUCAGCCAACAGCUCGGUGGCAGGCUCCACGAGCUCCUCCCUGUGCGAGCACUGGGUGAGCCGGCUCCCGGGGAGCAAGCCCGCCAGCGCCACCUCGGCAGCUUCGUCCCGACGGACCUCCCUGGCCUCGCUGUCCGAGUCUGUGGAGAUGACGGGGGAGAGGAGUGAAGAUGACGGAGGUUUCUCGACGCGACCGUUCGUGAGGAGUGUCCAGCGCCAGAGCCUGUCGUCCAGGUCUUCUGUCACCAGCCCCUUGGCCGUCCAUGAAAACUGCAUCAGACCUUCUUGGUCCCUGUCGGCCAAGCUGCAGAUGCGCUCCAGCUCUCCUUCCCGCUUCUCAGGGGACUCUCCGGUUCACGCCUCUGCCUCCACCUUGGAGAAGAUCGGGGAGGCAGUGGAUGACAAGGCCUCCGUCUCUUGCUUUGGUAGCUUGAGGAGCCUUUCCAGCAGUUCCCAGGACCUGGGCGGCACUCCCAGUCGACGGGAGCACAAGGCUGCAGGCCGGGCCCCGCUGGCUGUCAUGGAAGGCGUGUGCAGAGACGAGUCAGAGGUCCACAGAUUGAACUCCGGUGUGGCAGACACCCAGAGCAAACACUCAGCACAAGGGGCUCGCCUGCCCUCCGUCUCUGAUCCAUUUGAUAACAAUAACCAGAUAGCUUACGUGGACCAGAGCGAUUCUGUAGACAGCUCUCCCGUCAAAGAGGUGAAACCCCCAAGCCAGCCAGGCUCCCUCACCAAGAAACCAGAGAGCACAACCAGGAGUUCCCCCAGCUGCAAAGGUGCGUCUGAGCCAGACAGAAGCUUGCGGAAGGGGAGGUCCGCCUUGGCCAGCCGGGGGUCAUCUCAGUCCAGCACCUCCCCUUCCUCUCCGGUUGCUGCCAAAGUUUCUGUGAAGCCCUCCCGCUCCAGGAGCAAAGUGGAGUCUUCCAGAGCCCCCGCCCCUCCCAGGAAGGAGUCCUCCCCCAGAGCCCAGGACUCAGUGGCCUCUCCUUCGCCCCAGAAGCUGAAGUCGGCUUCUUCCCUCACUUGUACUGCUUCCUCCACCUCUGCCAGAAAAGCCUCGGGCCCUGCCACGAGGGGCCCCCUCGCCCCCGGGAAGGGCAGGACUUCAGAUCGGAGCCUAAGCAGAGAGGGCUCCAGACAAAGCCUGGCCUCUGAGCGGGCCGGUGUCCCCUCCGGCUCCAAGCCCAGCUCCCCUCGGGUGAGCCAGGCCCGGGCGGGUGAGGCCCGGGGGGAUGGGAAGCAGGUCAGGAGCUCCUCCAUGGCCAGCCUGCGCUCCCCCAAUGCGAGUGUGAAGGCUGGUCUGAAGAGGGACAGCAAGUCAGAUGAGAAGGGGCUGUCCUUCUUCAAGUCAGCCUUGAGGCAGAAGGACACCCGGCGGUCCGCUGACCUCGGCAAGACCGCCUUGCUCUCCAGGAAGGCCGGGGGGAGCUCUGCCAAGCCGGCCUGUAGGAACGCCGGGGAGGACAAGGCAGAGAGAGGGCCCCGGCCCCCGGGCUCCCAGCAGCCAAAUGCCAGUUCCGCGGGGAAAGAGCAGCUUGUCUCCAGGGACUCUGCUUCUGCUAGACAUUCCCUGCUGGCCAGUCGCAAGUCCAAGUCUUCCCCUCUAGACUCCGGAGCACUCUCCUCUCCUCGGGGCAGGCAGUCCUCCGAGAGGUCCUCCCAAAGGUUACCUUCGAGCAUGCCAGCCUCUGCACGGCCGCCUCCGAAGCCUCAGUGACUCGCUGCGCUCCAGCAACCUGUGACGCGUUUAUUUAUUUAGACCCCUCCCUCCCCCACCAGAGCCCUCUAUGCUUUUGUUUUGUAUUUUUUGGGUCAUGUGCCUGAUGUGUGUGCUUGCGUGCAUGCAUGUGUGUGCGUGUGUGCGUGUGCGUGUGUGUGGAAUUCAAUUGCAAAUUGUUAAAAGCGUCGCCUUAUUCUGCCAUUGAACCAAAUAACAGCCAUAGGCAAAGCAUCAAUACUGAGCUAACUGGAAAAAUUACAGAGGAUACCCCGGACAGUCCCUUUAGCAGUUGUACAUAUUUCUUUUAGAGAAAUCUAAUGACUCGUUGGACCUAGGGUUUGGAACCUGGGACCAGUCAAGCUGUCGUUACUUUCUGUAGAAGGAUGAAUUAUUUGACCUGGGGUUCAGCUGAGCAGGGCUUGUCCCGAAGGGGACUGUCAUGUGGCACCAGGAGUUCUAAAAACUGUGACACUAACAAUGAGACAAACCGAGAGAAAACGGUUGCUUCCUGCACUUUGGCCCCAUCUACCAGUCUUUGUCAAGGGCAAUAUUUUAACACUAAUGUUUCUCAGGUAUAUACUCAGCCAGGCUAGGAGGGUGUGUAUCCGGAAAAGGACUAGGGAGGAAGGUGGCCUGUCAGUGACUGUCAUUCCUCCUCCUGCCACACAUGGACACUUAGAGGUAGAAGUGGUCUUUCACUGCUGUCACAUCGGCAAAGGUGUGGGUCCCAAGAUGUGGCACAUUGGGUAUUCAGAAAACCAGUUACUCAUCGUUAAGUUUUUUCCCUUCUAAAUUUGCUAGUGGAAGCCAUUGGGAGUUUGAAGAGUAGUCAUGCAGUAGAGGAAUCUUUUAAAGAUUCCUGGGAAAAGAAAAAGGAUUCUCACUGCACACUUGACUCUCUCCCAUUGUCCUCGGUGUUGCCUUUCCUGUAGACGCUGGGAGCUCCAUGCCCCCGGCUCUACAGUCGGGUCAGUUAUGAAGAGGAAAGAAGUUGCUCAGGCCGGAAGUCAGUGGUAGUGAAGUGACAUGUAACCAAGUAUUACAUACACGUUUCUGAUCCUGCCUGUCUGGCUCAGUGACUGCUCUCCAGGAAUUCACUCACUUCUUCGUGCGUAAGAUUGAAUCCUUCACCAGAACUCGGCGGGGUCUGCACAUGUUCCAUCGGGCCCUGUCCAUCCAAUUGCAUUUCCUGGUUAGACAGAGAACCUCAGACAUCUCACAGGUAAGCAAGAUACCUGGUUUCCAAGCUUUCUGGGAGGUAUCUUGGCAAGUUUUAGUUUUUUUCAUCCUUUACCUAAAUGUCAAGAGAGUCUUGGUUCUCAUUCUGUUUGAAUAGCAUUUGUCACUUUGCCAUGAAAUAUAGCAUGCUAUGUUUAUAUGCUUUUCCGUACUAACUUCCAAAAGCUCACAGGUUCUUCAGGUUCUUCCUGAACUCCUGGCACUUGGACCCACAUGUAAUCCCCCUCAGUCCUGCUGUGUGUGAGGUGACCACACGGCUGUGAAUUCUGCACUGCCUUUUGUUGUUUUUCCAUGAAUACCUCUUGGGAAAUGUUUCCAGUAGGUUAGUUAACUUUAUUUUGCUGCUAAUUUGAGCAUUAGCAGGUAGCUCACAAGUCUGGAGGCCAUUUUUGUUGAGGGUAGCUGGAAUUUUAGACCCUUGCGAUAUCUGAGACUCCGCUUGUGGAAGUGGCCGUAGUGCUCCCCGACAUUUCCUGAGCACGCGUGUGUGCCCCGCACCCAGUCCUGUGGCUCCGGAGCAGCGACUGCCGGUGCCCGGCUGCCGGGAUUCUCGCUUCCGACCGCACAUGGAAUACCGGUCUGUUUGGCACUGGGUUUCUGUAUCACAAACGUGGAAUCGCCAGUAUCGGGAACUCGGUGUUCGUCCGAUUGGAGCCGCCUCUUUCUCUCGCAGGCAAACCGCAUUGAAAUCUGUAUCUCUGCAAAGUGUUAGAAUUAUAGUUUGGCUACAUAACAGGUUUUAUGAACACCUUUUGGGGCAAUAAUGAUUUAAGCAUGAAUGGAAAGUAGUUUAAUUUUCACAGUGGUAAAUAUUUUUAUUCUUGAGUGCUUCAGGAAUGGAUUUUCCAUUUGGUUUAGUGUCUUUAAAAAAAGCACACUACAAACUCCUUUAAUUUUCCAUGAGAUCUAAAAAUAAAAUUUCAGUAUUUAUAAAAUUGUAUGCUUAUGAAUUUAGUCCUCGUUUCAGAUUUAAAUGGAAAAAAUCAGGAAAUAUUACGGCAUUGUCUAGGCAUCUCUAAGCUGUUACAUUUCUGUGCUUAAGCAAUGAAAAGUUCACCCCUGAUCUCCAGGUACAAACGCUAAGCCACCGAGAAGGCUGUCUUGCCCGGAAGUUUGCAGGUGCUCCUGGAGGUGUAAAGUGUGGGAAAUGGUUACGUGGUUCAGUUCAGGUCUUUGGUAGGUUAGGGGCUUGGUGUUGGUUUUGUUUUUUCCCCAGUGACGUCGGGCGCAAUGAGCAGACGUGUGUUUGGGCUUGGAGAUCAUCUAUUAAGGAUUGUGGGCCUGGGUUUCUGGCCUCAUCCGAGCACUCAUUUCCUGGUGAGCACAGAAUAACCACCAACCACGGAGUUGGUCUCCUGUCUGUCCACUUAGGAAACAUUGCAUUUGGAUUUCUUUCCAGGGAACACCCCAGGCACUGAGGCCACCACACCCCCGAGUCCUGGGCCUUUCCUUCGCAGUCCCUCCCCAAGCGGAGGCUGUUAGGCUCAUGUCCUGCAAGACCAUCUCCCACCUCUGUGUUUUCUCCCGAAAAGCAGCCUGAGAGGAACACCAUGCUGGACCGAUGGGAGUGUUUGUGUUUUGGUGAAGACUUGUAAUCAUCUGAGGCUUCCCUCAGCUCCUGUAAUCAUGCUUCCAUCGUUAUCCGUUCGUUCUGACACAUCGGCGGAGGGCCUGCUCUGCGGGUGCAGGCCAGCUGCCGCUCCAGCAGUCUCUGUGGCCGCGGAGCGCAGCUGAUCGACCGGAGCCUCAGCGAGUGCCAGAGCGAACAGGGUCUGCUGACUCGGCCAAGUCCUCUGGAGCAAGUGUGUUCUGGAAACCAAAGUGCCCUCCUUCACCUCCGAGAUGCGCCCCUCUGCGUCCGCUUUCCAGACAGCCGUUUCCGUACUUAGACGGGAAAACGUGGUUGCCCGCGUUGGUAUGAGAUGGAUGUGGGGAUUUUGCGGGGAGGGGUUGAAGCGGGGGGUGGGGCGGUACACAGCAACAGCAUGUGAAGGACGGCAGUGGCAGCCUUUAGGAAAAUGGAGCUGAUGAGAGCAGUGAGCAGAGCUCAUUUACAUAAAAUAAACCUGUGUUUCAAGUAGAUUGACACCUUUCAUUCUGAUAAAAUUACUGAGCAGCUGACGUUACUGUUUUCUGGAGUUAUAAUUGUCGGAUGCAAAGAUAAUUAGUGUUCUGGGUUGGAAUUUUGAAAUAGUAUCCAAGUGACAAGCACAGUUUCUAUAAAACAUUCUGUGAGGUGGGUUGAACUUUGAAUCAUUUGAAAUAGAAAAGAGCAAAAAUUGCUGACCAGCCAGUGCCUGUGGUUAACACAAAAGGUAGCUGUUCCUGUGCAGGCUGUCUUAAGUUCAUAAAGGGUGCAUUGUUGCUAAGCCUGCGGGAGUAUUUUGGGGUAAACGCUAAGCUUUUGUUUUGGUUGAAUAGUCAGUCUCACUGCCUUCGCUCAGUGCCCAGAGGUGUGUCUGCAGCUGCACAUGCAGCCUGAGCAGCCAUGCUUCCCCCGUGGGACAGGACAGUCUGCAUGGCCUGCAGCUAACCCAGAAAGCAUGCUCUUACUACCUAUGCAAAGCCACUCAUAGACAAGGUCCACUACGCUUUUUUAAAGGCAACUCUUAGAUUAUGGAGCUCUAUUUUCAAAUUUAUAUUUAUUCAGUGUGGUUUAAUCGGUGUAGAAGAGCGUGAAUGUGGUCUCCUGUUUUGCUUUGCACGUGUUUCUCUUGGCCAACCUUUUUGAUCAUUGGCAAGACUGUAAGUAUUUGCAAGCAGGAAUGGGUGGGGAUGGUGAACACACUGGUUUAUAUACUGUAUUUAGCUUAAAUACUUUCGUAAAGUAUAGGAAUGUUCUAAAAAUAACCUGCCAUUUUCUAUAGAUUUUAAUUGUUUAUAUCCUCUAGGGAUCUCCUGUGGUCACAAGGAGAGAACGUGGCUUCUAGCAGUGCUAACAGUUUAAAAUGCUUUUUUAGAGACUUAGAGCUGCUGUUACGGAAAGCAGUGGUCAGUGGGAUCGUGGUGGCAUCAGAGGGUGGGUCAGUUCUAGAUCAUCUCACAUUCGUUUUAACCUGGCGCUUCCGGGUUUGGGGGCAGUGAGAUCCAUAGUAGACCAGGGAGGCUCUCCGCCUCACACAGACGCCGGAUUCUCUGAGCCUCUUCUGGAUUUGGACAGCCGGUGUUGUCUAGGGGACUUUUAAAGCCCGCCCCUCCCCCUCGCACACUGUGUGCAGUCAGUGCGGUCCGGCCCAGCAAUGACCGAGUGGAUUGAAGCUUCAGGUGUGUCUGAGUGCGGAGUUGAGUCCUGCUGAGAGCCAGGGUGGACUCCCGGAUUUUGGUAGAAUGAUGGUUUCUUUGUAAUAAUUAUAACAGCAAACCCUAGGCUGCUUCCAAAUACCUUGUUUAGCUCAUUCUCUACUUGUCUAGAAUGUAAUUUCAGGAAGUAUUUUUAAAUUAAAAAAUGAAUGUGAAGCAUUUUUAUUUGGAAUCUUUUGUAACCCUCAUUGGUAUUUUUUCAUAUAAUUUUAAUAAAUCAGCUAAUGCUCAUCCAAAAGUUUGGCUGCAUACAUUACCGAUGGAAGCCAGUGGGAUGGAGCUUAAUCUGGUGAGCCGAGUGCGUGCCAAGGACCUCAGAGCAGUCCCUGUGCGCCUGGGUGGCUCAUCUCACCGUUGCCGCUGGGAGAAAACAUCCGUUCCCUGGUGUUUGUGUUUCCACGCACAGAGACAGAAAGCCACGCCGGCUGGCGGGCUCCCUGACGAGGCGGGCAGUGAGCCUGCUGGCAGGGAGGAAGAGACGGGAGUUCCCUAGGUGCUACUCUGCCUGGGCGAGGCCAGGCGCCCCUCUGCCUCCCGCCACGGGCUGCCCUGAGCUCCCAUCACGGCUCUGUCUCCCGGCCGCCCCGCUGCACACGGGCUGCUGGCCUGCCCCGGAGCUGCCGGCACAGACUCCGGGCGGCUCGGUAUUGUCCACGCACGCAUGCUCUGUGCUGUUUCCUUAGCCGCAGUCAUGGGAGGGAGGGUCUUCCUGAGGCCGAGACGUGUGUCAUCCCUUUUAAGUUAUUUUAGAGCAAGUGCAUGAGAUGUGCCACUGACUUUGUUAUUUAUCUGUGUGUCUUACUAUUCAAAGUGUAUGCACUUUCGAGAAGCAGAAUUUAUAUUUUUAUGUUUAAAAAGUUAUUUCUGGAACAGCAGUUGAUUAUAUUGCAUACAGUUGGAAUUAAGGGAAAAGUGGAAAAUGUAACAAAAUACAAUAAAUUUAUUACACGAUGCCCUUCAA